AUGAAGGUGAUACCACCGGAAGUGGAGGAAUACCUCCAAAUGUUCCGUUUGGAUCGUGCGAAACUUCAAGAAAUCAGUGAAAAAGUGGAACAACAAAUGAAAUUGGGUCUCGCACAGACCAAAGGAUCAUCCAUUGCCAUGUUGCCGAGUUAUGUACCGGCGCUGCCUGAUGGAACAGAACGCGGAAAAUACGUUGCGAUCGAUUUAUCGGGUAAAAAUCUCCGGAUAAUGUUGCUGACACUUGAUGGAACUGAUCCACCGAAACACAACACCGUCAACUAUAUUGUGGCGAAUCACGUGAUGAAAGGCACUGGCGAUCAAUUAUUCACGUUUAUUGUCAAUUGUUUGCAACGAUUCCUUCAGGAAUUCGGUCUUGUCGAUGCGAAUUUACCGAUUGGAUUCGUAUUCUCCUAUCCGUGUGAACUCCUUUCAAUCCGUUCCGCCCGUCUUCUCUGGUGGACGAAAGGAUUCGAUAUCAAGGAUUGUCUUCAGAAAGACGUCGUCGCACUUCUGGAAGAGGCACUCGAGAUGAAUAUGUCGACAAAAGUGAGUAUCAAGGCGGUGAUGAACGAUACGGUUGGGCAACUGGCGGCCGCCUCGCACAAAUACGGUCCAGAGUGUACGAUUGGAGUGGUUAUUGGAUAUGGUUGCAACUCGUCGUAUCUCGAAAAAACGUCUCGAAUCACGAAAUUCGACGCGAAAGCGCGUGGUUACGAUCACGAGAAUAUGAUUGUGGUGACGGAAUGGGAGGAAUUUGGAAAACACGGAGAAUUGGACGAUAUUUUGACACAAUUCGAUCGGGAAGUCGAUGCCGCAAGUGUUCAUAAGGGAAAACAACUAAUCGACAAACUGUGCGGAGCUCUGUACAUUGGUGAAGUCGUCCGAAAAGUGUUGUCCCAAUUGUGUCUCGAUCGAGUACUAUUCGAAGGAACUCCGUGUGAAAAACUCGAUGAGGAGGAGUCGUUCCCGACGAAAUAUAUCUCAGAGAUUUUGGGCGAGGAAGAAGGUGUCCACAAGGCGUGUCGUCGUAUCUGUGAGGAGUUGGAAGUGGAAAUGCACGGAACUGUCGAUUAUCUGAUUAUACGAGAAGUUUGUGACGUCAUUUCGAGACGAGGAGCCAGUAUUGUCGCCGCUGCCAUCAGCGCUCUCCUCCGUCAUCUGGAACUGUCUUCCGUGAAAAUCGGUGUCGGUGGUGCAUUGAUUCAAUUCCAUCCAACAUAUCAUCAAAUGCUCAAAGAGAAAUUGGAAGAACUCACGCCGAUCACUAUGAAGUUCGAACUGGUCCCCGCCGACGAAGGAUCGUGUCAAGGAGCCGCUCUCAUCGCCGCCGUCGCCGAACGUCUUCAACUAUAA